AUAAGCAUGCAAUAAACAAUGUUACAAGUAGCAUACAAAUGAUAUAAUGUUGACAUUAACACCUCAGACACUGUUUACCAUAUGCUCCUUGAGCAAUGACAGAUUAUAAAAACCGUGGCCAAGGCAGAGGCAUGUCGCAGUAGAGUGAGAGAGGGACUGAACAGAGUACGCAGAGAAGGGAAUUGUACAACUUUGAACAGGCUCAUCUGAGACUUUCUGAAUUGCGGUACGUGACUAAACUGGAGAAGAAUGAAAGGCAUGUGCUAUUUUACCAAUGUGGUCCUGUUCUUCAUAGCCAGUGGAUCAAGUGGAUGGCUCAUCCAUAACGCGACAGAUUCCACUUCAUUAGCCAAUAUCACCGACAUGAACUCAACGUUAAACGCGCAGGUGUCUGCGCUCACCCCCAAGUCUAGACGGAAACGCUGGAUUUCACAAAGCGACAUGGUUGCCAUCCUUGACUAUCACAAUAAAGUCCGAGCAAACGUCUUUCCACCUGCUGCAAAUAUGGAGUAUAUGGUGUGGGAUGAAGGCCUUGCCAGAUCUGCUGAAGCCUGGGCAGCCACGUGUCUCUGGGAACAUGGACCACCAUUUCUACUGAGAUACCUGGGACAGAACCUGUCGGUCAGAACAGGGGGAUAUCGCUCCAUUCUGCAGCUGGUCAAACCUUGGUAUGACGAAGUCAAUGAUUACAUGUUUCCAUACCCUCGUGACUGCAACCCCAGGUGUCCUAUGAGGUGCUCUGCACCAAUGUGUACACAUUACACUCAGAUGGUGUGGGCUACAACGAACAGAGUUGGGUGUGCAGUUCAAACGUGCUAUAACAUGGUUGUUUGGGGAGCCAUGUGGAGACAAGCAACAUACCUGGUCUGUAAUUAUUCCCCAAAGGGGAACUGGGUAGGAGAACCUCCCUACAGAGUUGGCAUCCCAUGUUCAGCAUGCCCACCAAGCUACGGAGGCUCAUGUAGUAACAACCUAUGUUUCCCUGCAAUAACGUCCAACUACAUGUACUGGUUCAAGUAAACCAUUUAGACAUCUGUUUUAAUAAUCAACUGUCAGAUAUCAUAAUUUCACAUUGCUUCAAAUGUCAGAUGUAUUUCCCCCAAGUACUUUAUAUGUACAAUGUACCUUUUAUACAAUUACACAUUUUGAAUUAUAAGCUACAUUUGAUUUGGUUUGAGAUGUAAAUUAGUAUCAUACAUUGUUAUGUUGUAGCGUACAACUUAUUGUUAUCUUACCAUCAUAUUGAUGGUAUUGUAUUGAUUUGUUGGUGACUUUUGAUUGACUAUUUGGUACAGAGGUCAAACCUACAAAUACCUCUACUAAAGCAGUGGUUAAUAAGCUUCCUCAUAACUAUAAAGACAAGAGUAUAUUGGAUCGAUCGACUCCAGCUCACAGUACCAUAUGUCAGUAGCAUUUUCAACAUUGAUAAAUAGCGUUUUAUUAAAGAUUUACUGUAUUUUUGUAAGUACUUCUGAAGUUUUUUCCAGGACACGAAUUACAUGUUAUUUUUAUUUGCAUGAUGCUUCGUAUUUUUACACCAGUGAAUGUCACUUAUAUUUGUGUUCAUGUAAUUGCUAUGGCCUGUUACCAUUGUUAUAGAAUAAAGACUGCUAAACUGUA